AUGUCUCAGCUCGCGAAACAACCGGAAUACCCAUCCCACUCCACACAACCCGACGAAUCGAAGGCCGAACGUCCCCCUCCCGAUGGAGGUCUCACAGCUUGGCUCCAAGUCCUUUGCAUGCACUUUACAUUCUUCAAUUCCUGGGGCGUGAGCAACAGCUUCUCUGUCUUCGAGCAGCUAUACACCGCGGAACUAGGAAAGUCAUCAUCGGAGAUAGCUUGGAUCGGAAGUGUACAAGUCUCGCUGCUCUUCUUCUUGGGAGCGUUUGCAGGUCGCGCGACGGAUGCUGGAUACUUUCGAAUAGUUUACACUACUGGUGCUUUUCUGCAAGUUUUCGGGCUCUUCAUGCUUUCUCUUUGCAAGACCUAUUGGCAGAUCUUUCUCGCCCAGGCGGUAUGUAUGGGCCUUGGUAAUGGUCUUACCUUUGCACCUGGUCUUGCUAUCAUGUCCUCUCACUUUGCCAGGCACCGUGCUGUUGCUGUCGGUAUGGCUGCUGCCGGUGCUGCAACCGGUGGCCUAAUUUAUCCUGUUCUUGUCGACCAGCUGCUUUACACACAACAAAUCGGAUUCGGCUGGACUGUUCGCGCCGCUGGUCUAGUAAUGUUGAUUACUCAGAUGCCUGGACUAUUCCUUUAUAAGCCUCGGUUCGAAGCGCGCGCGUCAGGCCCUUGGAUCGAUUGGAGUGCCUUCAAAGAAGCACCAUUUGUGUUCUUCACACUGAGCAUGUUUCUCAAUUUCUGGGGCUUGUAUUUCGCCUUCUUCUUCCUGGGAAAUUUUGCCCGAGAUCGCAUUGGAGUUGAGAACACCAUGCCUUUCAUCUUGAUUUUGAACGGUGUUGGAAUCGUUGGCCGGAUCGUGCCCAGCAUUUUGGGAGAUCGAUUGACAGGCAAACUUAAUAUCCUUGUUCCUCUCAGUCUUUCUGCUGCCAUCGUAAUAUUUGCUUGGAUCGCCGUAGACUCAGUCGGUGGGCUAUACGCCUUCACUGUUGUCUAUGGCCUGGUUGGUGGAGCUGCCCAGUCACUCUUCCCUGCAACUGCGAGCACCAUGACACCGGAUCUGAGAAGAAUAGGGACGCGAAUUGGGAUGAUAUUGAGCAUUGUCGGAUUUGCGACGUUGACAGGUCCUGCUAUCGAUGGUGUGUUGAUUCAGCGAAUGAAUGGAAGCUUCACUGGUGCGCAGGCAUUUUCUGGAAGCUGCAUUAUACUAGGAGCAUUUUUCGCCGCUUGUUGCAGAGUAGCAAAGGGCGGGUGGAAACUAAGAGUGAAAGUAUGA